CUGUCGACGCUUUAACAGCGCUGCUUCGCCGGGCGGGAUUUCCGCAAUAAUAUCAAGUAUGGCGAAGACAUACGACUAUUUGUUUAAAUUACUGUUAAUCGGCGACUCUGGUGUCGGGAAGACCUGUGUCCUGUUCAGGUUUUCAGAAGACGCCUUCAAUUCAACGUUUAUCUCAACUAUAGGCAUUGACUUCAAGAUCAGGACAAUAGAGCUCGACGGCAAGAAGAUAAAGUUGCAGAUAUGGGAUACUGCUGGCCAGGAGCGCUUCCGAACAAUCACAACCGCCUACUACAGAGGAGCAAUGGGCAUCAUGCUUGUGUACGACAUCACCAACGAGAAGUCUUUUGAGAAUAUCAAGAACUGGAUAAGAAACAUAGAGGAGCAUGCAUCAUCUGAUGUUGAGAAGAUGGUCCUUGGCAACAAGUGUGACAUCAAUGACAAGCGGCAGGUGUCCAAAGACAGAGGGGAGAAGCUUGCAUUGGAGUACGGGAUAAAGUUCAUGGAGACCAGUGCAAAGGCCAACAUCAACGUUGAGAAUUCAUUUCUGACACUUGCAAGAGACAUCAAAUCCAAAAUGGACACAAAAUUGGAGGGCAACACGCCGCAGGGGACCAGUCACGGAGUCAAGAUCUCAGAGCCUCAGAAAAAGACCAGCUUCUUCCGCUGUAGCUUACUCUGAGGACUGAGGCUUUCAACAACUGGCUGGACAUAAAUGGACUGUGCUUGCUGUUAGCACUUCCUUCCCCCUUCCCUCUUUUGACCGAUCUACGGCCUGUCCUCCCAGUCCACACACAAACCAUAAUAUUCCAAGUAAGCGGAGGAGGUCCCCUCCUCUCUUCUUCUUCUGAAAGCUUCCAGUGGUGCAUCUCUUCCAUUUUUAGGAGAUCUGUUGUCUUCAUUGGUCAGAGUGCUUGACUGGUUGAGGACUCAGCCAGGAGCGUAUUCUCCACAGCUUCCUUUUCACAGAAAGACAAGCUCUUACUCCUGAUGUUAGUCUCUUUGUACCACACACUCAUAUUUCACACAGCCAGUAGCACAACCGAGGACGAGAAACCGCUGAAUUUAUGUCAAAGUUAUGGGAUUCCAAUUCCAAAAAGUAAUAUCUAUAUCUAUUUUUUACGAGUGCUCUUUCCCCUAUUUGUGUUAUAAAUGCUAACCAGAGACUGAAAGGCUUGCACUUUAGUGAAACAGAGCUGCACAUGCUUUCAUUUUCACCUGAGCUGUCCAGAAUCCCUCAAAGAGGCAGUCCCAGAUCAGAGAGGAAUCAGAUUGAAAGGUUUUCAAUGUGAGCUCUGUUCUUCGCACGUUUGUCGUCCUUAGCAAUCAUUCAAUGCGUUUCAUCUUGUUUCAUUCAUUACACAAUGCCUCCAACUUUGAUUAACCUUUCCGCAUUUGCUGGAAGGCGCUUUGGCAAUGCAAAAACUAGAAAUACAAUCCAGAUUUUUGACUGCGUAGAUUAAGCACGGCUGUUAAAUAAAUAUCACUGUUGUUGAGAAGACAAGAUUCUGCUGAAGCUUUGUGUGGUUAAGAGACCAGCAAGAACCUAUUGUCAUGUUAAAUUGCUCAGUGAAUAGGUGUCAAAAUUAAAAGUAUGCUCAAACUAUAUUUUACAGAAAUAUUAAGAUAUGCUGCAAACAUGUAUAUCCCCCACAGUAGAGUUCAGUGUAAAAAGAGCCGAGGCCAUAUUUAGUAAUUAUUUAAUAAUCAGUAAGUCUAAAACUUAUUCCCAAGAAUAAUACAUUUAUUUUUUGUUCUAAAAAUGUCAGAAAAUAUCUUAAAGAGAGUUUUCUUAUGUCUAAGCUGAAGCUUCUUUUUGUCAAAUUACCUGUUAAAAAAAAACCCUAAAAACAUUUAAUUUCCUAUCAUGUAAGGUAAAGAAAGAAAGCAAAUCCACACGAUUGAGAAUCUAGAAAUGGCAACAACAUUUAUUAUUUAUGCUUAAUGAUUCACGUUAAAGGUGAUUAUCAAAAUAUGACCGGGCAAUUUAUGUUUGAAAAUUUGACUCAAAGUUUCUGAAGCAGCUCUGAUUCACAGUAAAGCUAAAUGACGUCCUGGUUACACUGAUCAACAAAUCCAAGUCUAGCACUGUAAGCCCCCCUCUUCUUCUUCUUCUCCUGCUAUCCACGCAGCUCUCCUUGCACUUUACCAGUAACUCGUGUUUUGUGUGUAGUCUGUGCCAAGUGAUAGUUUUGCAAUACAACAAUACAAUUACUUAGUUUAAAAAAAAAAGUGUUAAUCUAUUGAGUCUUUGUAGGAUGACGGGCAUAACUCCUAAAUUUUACUUCACCUUAAUCUCCUUCUGCUAUCUCACUGCUUGUGAAGCACUGUCCUGGUUUUAGAUCACUGAAAAAAAAUGCCCUGUCAUACUUAAAUAUAUAUAUUUAUAUAAAAAGAAAAAGAAUUUGCAAGCCUGUGUUUCUAUGCUACUGCCCUGCCAAACUGUAGUUUAAAAAGUGAUUGUUUUCCCCGUGUACACUGGCUCCAUGUAAGCUCAAGACUCUCCCAUAGUUAGCUGUUGUACAUUUUCCUGUGCGUUUGUGUUUGAUCAUAGUUUGACAGCUAGGUGGCACCGCAGGCAAAGUAGACAUAACAGAUGAGCACCUGAACUCCAAUUAUAAUCAGUAUUUUAUUAAGAACACGAGCCAUAGUGAACCGUGUUAUCCAUGCACCCUCUUUUUAACAUUUAUGUCUCCGACUUUUUCCACCAUUCCUCAUGUUCCGUUCCUGCAUUUGUUGCUAGUCUGAAAAUCCAACUCCUGUAUGCACAAUAUCGAUGGAGGAUCAGCUUUUGCUUGCCUGCACUUUUUUUUUUUUAAUAUCAAAUCAUUUGGGACCUCAUGACUACCAUAGCCAUUUGUCUUAACCGCUAAUACUCAGUCCUGUCAUAGGUGAGCUAUGCAUUGUGAAUCUUGGACCUGUGCAUAUUUGUGUGAAGUAAGUUUUCAGACAUACUUGUAGUCCUGUACAGUUGAAUGUAUGGGGUUGUUUUUUGUUUGUUUGUUUUGCAUCAUUCGCUGAGUCUUUAACAGGAGGCACUGCUACAUCAAUGUGGGUGAAGUUUAGAGUGAUGAAAGGUUGAGUAGGAAGAGUCUUGAUGUUGAAAUGUGGAGACAGAGCCGCCGUCUCGUUGGAGUGAUGCCGUAGCUUUAAGUCAGGAACAGAAACGUAGGGAGGAGACUUUUGUGGGACUCAGCGCUGUAUCAUUUGUCGGCUGAAAUGAUACCUUCUCUUUGAUUUUGUUUUGAAAUCAUAUCCUCUUUCUUAAGACUCCUAUCGCGUGUCAUAUUAUACUGUACACCCCCUUUUUACAGCCAUAUUUUCAUUCCAUCGAUUGGGAAGUACACAGGGAGAAUGAAAAAUUACAUUUUGAAGAAAAAGAUAAAUAAACACACAUUGUAAAUACCACAUUGAAAAAAAGAGAUCUACUUAAAGUGUACUGUACUUUCUAAACCCAUAUGAUAAUUUAUCUACAAUUUGUAGAUAUGUGUACUUUUGAUUUAAUAAAAUAAGAUGAUAAAAUGUA